AUGGUGGCUGGCAUGCUCAUGCCGCUGGACCAGCUGCGGGUCAUCUAUGAGGCUCUCUUCCGCGAGGGCGUGAUGGUGGCCAAGAAGGACCGGCGACCCCGCAGCCUGCAUCCCCACGUGCCUGGCGUCACCAAUCUGCAGGUUAUGCGCGCCAUGGCCUCCCUGCGGUCGCGGGGUCUGGUGCGGGAGACCUUCGCCUGGCGUCACUGCUAUUGGUACCUCACCAACGAGGGGAUUGCCCACCUGCGCCAGUACCUGUGCCUGCCGCCAGAGAUCGUGCCAGCGUCCCUGCAGCGCGUGCGGCGGCCGGUCGCCAUGGCAACGUCCCCGCGCCGCAACCCCCACGUGCAGGCUGUGCAGGGCCCCCUGAGCUGCCCACCCAAGCGGGGGCUGCUUCCCGCACAGGACCUCGCCAGAGAGGAGCGCCGGGCCUACCGCCGGAAGGAGCCUGAGGAGGGGGUGCCUGAGCCCCUCGUAGUGCCUGUCACUGCCCCUGGGACGCUGGCACCGCCCGGCCCAGAGCCUGUCCCAGCCACAGAUGAGCGAGACCGUGUGCAGAAGAAAACCUUCACCAAGUGGGUCAACAAGCACCUUAUCAAGGCCCAGAGGCACAUCAGUGACCUGUAUGAAGACCUUCGGGAUGGCCACAACCUCAUCUCCUUGCUGGAGGUCCUCUCAGGGGACAGCCUGCCCCGUGAGAAGGGCCGGAUGCGUUUCCACAAGCUGCAGAAUGUGCAGAUUGCCCUGGACUACCUGCGCCACCGCCAGGUGAAGCUGGUGAACAUCAGGAAUGAUGACAUUGCUGACGGCAACCCCAAACUGACACUAGGCCUUAUCUGGACUAUUAUUCUGCACUUCCAGAUCUCGGACAUCCAGGUGAGCGGGCAGUCAGAGGACAUGACCGCCAAGGAGAAGCUGCUGCUGUGGUCGCAGCGCAUGGUGGAGGGCUACCAGGGCCUGCGCUGUGACAACUUCACCACCAGCUGGCGAGAUGGACGCCUCUUCAACGCCAUCAUCCACCGGCACAAGCCCAUGCUCGUGGAUAUGAACAAGGUGUACCGUCAGACCAGCCUGGAGAACCUGGAUCAGGCCUUCUCCAUAGCAGAACGGGACUUGGGGGUGACUCGGUUGCUGGACCCCGAAGAUGUGGACGUCCCCCAUCCUGAUGAAAAGUCUAUCAUCACAUACGUCUCAUCCCUGUAUGAUGCCAUGCCCCGAGUGCCCGACGUGCAGGAUGGGGUGAAGGCCAACGAGCUGCAGCUGCGUUGGCAGGAGUACCGGGAGCUGGUAGUGGUGCUGUUGCAGUGGAUCCGACACCACACGAUUGCCUUCGAGGAGCGCAAGUUUCCCACCAGCUACGAGGAGAUCGAGAUCCUGUGGUGCCAGUUUCUCAAAUUCAAGGAGACGGAGCUACCGGCCAAGGAGGCUGACAAGAACCGAUCCAAAAGCAUUUAUCAGUCCCUGGAGGGCGCGGUGCAGGCAGGCCAGCUCAAGAUGCCACCAGGCUACCACCCGCUGGAUGUGGAGAAGGAGUGGGGCAAGUUGCACGUGGCCAUCCUGGAACGGGAGAAGCAGCUGCGCAGCGAGUUUGAGAGGCUGGAGUGCUUACAGCGCAUCGUCAGCAAACUGCAGAUGGAGGCGGGGCUGUGUGAGGAGCAGCUGAACCAGGCCGACGCCCUGCUGCAGGCGGACAUCCGGCUGCUGGUGUCGGGCAAGCCGCCGCAGCGGGUAGGCGAGGUGGAGAGGGACCUGGACAAGGCGGAUGGUAUGAUCCGGCUGCUGUUCAAUGAUGUGCAGACCCUCAAGGAUGGGCGACACCCGCAGGGCGAGCAGAUGUACCGCAGGGUGUACCGCCUGCACGAGCGUCUGGUGGCCAUCCGCACGGAGUACAACCUCAGGCUGAAGGCCGGCGCCCCGCUGACCCAGACCAUGCCCAGAUCCCGGGACACGGAGCUUGAGAGCCCCCCCCUGCGCUACCUGCAGGAUCUCCUGGCCUGGGUGGAAGAGAACCAGCGUCGAGUGGACAGUGCCGAGUGGGGUGUGGACCUGCCCAGUGUGGAGGCACAGCUGGGCAGUCACCGUGGCCUGCACCAGUCUGUGGAGGAGUUCCGUGCCAAAGUCGAACGAGCUCGUGCCGAUGAGGGGCAGCUCUCUGUAGCCUCCCGGGGCGCCUACAGUGACUGCUUGGGCCGGCUGGACCUGCAGUACGCCAAGCUGCUGAACUCCUCCAAGGCGCGGCUGCGGGCCCUGGAGAGCCUGCAUGGCUUUGUGGCCGCUGCCACCAAGGAGCUGAUGCGGCUGAGCGAGAAGGAGGAGGAGGAGGUGGGCUUUGACUGGAGCGAGCGCAACGCCAACAUGGCCGCCAAAAAGGAAAGCUACUCGGCCUUGAUGCGUGAGCUGGAGCUGAAAGAAAAGAAAAUCAAGGAAACACAGAACACGGGAGACAGACUCUUGCGGGAAGACCACCCUGCACGGGCGACUGUGGAGUCCUUCCAGGCGGCGCUGCAGACUCAGUGGAGCUGGAUGUUGCAGCUGUGUUGCUGCGUUGAGGCGCACUUGAAGGAGAACACAGCUUACUUCCAGUUCUUCUCAGAUGUUCGAGCAGCUGAAGAACAGCUGCAGAAACUGCAGGAGACGCUGCGCAGGAAGUACACCUGUGACCGCUCUGUGACGGUGACCCGCCUAGAGGACCUGCUGCAGGACGCGCAGGACGAGAAGGAGCAGCUACAUGAGUACAAAGCUCACCUCUCUGGCCUGGCCAAGAGGGCCAAGGCCAUUGUGCAGCUGAAGCCCCGCAGUGCCACCCAGCCAGUGCGGGGCCGUCUGCCACUGCUGGCCGUGUGUGACUACAAACAGGUGGAGCUGACUGUGCACAAGGGGGAUGAGUGCCAGCUGCUGGGCCCUGCACAGCCAGCGCACUGGGAAGUCCUCAGCAGCACGGGAAGCAAAGCUGCAGUGCCCUCCGUCUGCUUCCUGGUGCCGCCACCCAACCAGGAAGCCCAGGAGGCCGUUGCCAGGCUGGAAGCGCAGCACCAGGAUCUGGUUGCACGGUGGCACCAGCUGCAUGUGGAUCUGAAGAGCCUGUUGGCGUGGCAGAGCCUCAGCCGAGACGUGCAGCUCAUCCGGUCCUGGUCACUGGUCACAUUCCGCACCCUGAAGCCGGAUGAGCAGCGCCAAGCCCUGCGCAGCCUUGAAUUGCACUACCAGGCCUUCCUGAGGGACAGCCAGGAUGCCGGCGGCUUUGGGCCUGAGGACAGGCUGCAGGCUGAGCGAGAGUAUGGCUCCUGCAGCCGCCACUACCAGCAGCUGCUGCAGAGCCUGGAGCAGGGUGAACAAGAAGAGUCACGAUGCCAGCGUUGCAUCUCUGAGCUCAAGGACAUCCGGCUGCAGCUGGAGGCCUGCGAGACGCGCACUGUGCACCGCCUGCGGCUGCCGCUGGACAAGGAGCCAGCCCGCGAGUGUGCCCAGCGCAUGGCCGAGCAGCAGAAAGCACAGGCUGAGGUGGAAGGACUUGGCAAAGGGGUUGCCCGGCUCUCUGCUGAGGCUGAGAAGGUGCUGGCCUUGACUGAGCCCUCGCCAGCUGCCCCUACCCUGCGUUCGGAGUUGGAGCUGACACUGGGCAAAUUGGAGCAGGUCCGAAGUCUGUCUGCCAUCUACCUGGAGAAGCUUAAGACCAUCAGCCUGGUGAUCCGCAGUACUCAGGGCGCCGAGGAGGUGCUGCGGGCCCAAGAGGAGCAGCUGAAGGAAGCCCAGGCUGUCCCUGCUACUCUCCCAGAGCUUGAGGCCACCAAGGCCUCUUUGAAGGAGCUGCGGACCCGCGCCGAGGCUCAGCAGCCGGUGUUUGACUCUCUGCGUGAGGAGCUGCGCGCAGCCCAGGAGGUGGGCGAGCGGCUCCAGCAGCGGCACGGCGAGCGCGACGUGGAGGUGGAGCGUUGGCGUGAGCGCUCGGCACAGCUGCUGGAGCGCUGGCAGGCGGUGCUGGCACAGGCCGACAUCCGGCAGCGCGAGCUGGAACAGCUGGGCCGGCAGCUGCGCUACUACCGCGAGAGCGCCGACCCGCUGGGCGCCUGGCUGCAGGACGCUAAGCGCAGGCAGGAGCAGAUCCAGGCCGUGCCGAUGGCCAACAGCCGGGAUGUGCGCGAGCAGCUGCGGCUGGAGAAGGCACUGCUGGAGGAGAUCGAGCGGCAUGGGGAGAAAGUGGAGGAAUGUCAGAAGUUCGCCAAGCAGUACAUCAAUGCCAUCAAGGAUUAUGAGCUCCAGCUGGUCACAUACAAGGCACAGCUGGAGCCAGUGGCCUCACCAGCCAAGAAACCCAAGGUCCAGUCCGGUUCAGAGAGUGUCAUCCAGGAGUACGUGGACCUGCGCACACGCUACAGCGAGCUGACUACACUCACAAGCCAGUACAUCAAGUUCAUCAGUGAGACUCUGCGUCGCAUGGAGGAAGAGGAGCGGCUGGCAGAGCAGCAGCGGGCAGAGGAGCGGGAGCGGCUGGCCGAGGUGGAGGCUGAGCUGGAGAAGCAGCGGCAGCUGGCGGAGGCCCACGCACAGGCCAAGGCUCAGGCGGAGCGGGAAGCGCAGGAACUGCAGCGCCGCAUGCAGGAAGAGGUGGCUCGGCGCGAGGAGGCCGCCGUGGACGCGCAGCGGCAGAAGCACAGUAUCCAGGAGGAACUGCAGCACGUGCGGGAGAGCGCAGAGGCCGAGAUUCAGGCCAAGGCCCACCAGGUGGAGGCUGCGGAGCGCAGCCGUCUGCGCAUCGAGGAAGAGAUCCGCGUGGUGCGCUUGCAGCUGGAGACCACCGAGCGCCAGCGUGGCGGGGCAGAGGGCGAGCUGCAGGCCCUGCGCGCUCGGGCAGAAGAGGCGGAGGCUCAGAAGCGCCAGGCGCAGGAGGAGGCUGAGCGCCUGAGACGGCAGGUGCAGGAGGAGAGCCAGCGAAAGCGGCAGGCGGAAGCCGAACUGGGUCUGCGCGUGAAGGCUGAAGCAGAGGCGUCUCGGGAGAAACAGCGGGCCCUCAAGGCGCUGGAGGAACUGAAGCUGCAGGCCGAGGAGGCGGAGCGGCGGCUGCGGCAGGCCGAGGCCGAGCGGGCACGCCAGGUGCAGGUGGCCCUGGAGUCUGCGCAGCGCAGUGCUGAGGUCGAGCUGCAGAGCAAGCGUGCUUCCUUUGCAGAGAAGACCGCUCAGCUGGAGCGCACACUACAGGAGGAGCAUGUGACAGUGACCCAGCUUCGAGAGGAGGCCGAGCGGCGGGCACAGCAACAGGCGGAGGCAGAGCGCGCCCGAGAGGAAGCCGAGCGAGAGCUGGAACGCUGGCAGCUCAAGGCCAACGAGGCGCUGCGGCUGCGGCUGCAGGCAGAGGAGGUGGCGCAGCAGAAGAGCCUGGCGCAGGCUGAAGCCGAGAAGCAGAAGGAGGAGGCAGAACGCGAGGCCCGGCGGCGUGGCAAAGCGGAGGAGCAGGCCGUGCGGCAGCGGGCACUGGCGGAACAGGAGCUAGAGCGGCAGCGGCAGCUGGCAGAGGGCACCGCACAGCAGCGCCUGGUGGCUGAGCAGGAGCUGAUUCGGCUGCGGGCUGAGACCGAGCAGGGUGAGCAGCAACGCCAGGUGCUGGAGGAGGAACUGGCCAGGCUGCAUCGCGAGGUCACUGCAGCCUCACAGAAACACCAGGAACUGGAGGCCGAGUUGGCGAAGGUGCGAGCUGAGAUGGAAGUGCUGCUGUCCAGCAAGGCGCGGGCCGAGGAGGAGUCGCGCUCCACCAGCGAGAAGUCCAAGCAGAGGCUGGAGGCUGAGGCCAGCCGCUUCCGCGAGCUGGCAGAGGAGGCCGCCCGCCUGCGGGCCCUGGCAGAGGAGGCCAAACGGCAGCGGCAGUUGGCCGAGGAGGACGCGGCUCAGCAGAGGGCGGAGGCUGAGCGCGUGCUGGCAGAGAAGCUGGCCGCCAUUGGCGAGGCCACACGUCUUAAGACAGAGGCAGAGAUUGCACUCAAGGAGAAGGAGGCGGAGAACGAACGGCUGCGGCGCCUGGCGGAGGACGAGGCCUUCCAGCGGCGGCGACUGGAGGAACAGGCUGCUCAGCACAAGGCUGACAUCGAGGAGCGGCUGGCUCAGUUGCGCAAGGCCUCGGAGAGUGAGUUGGAGCGGCAGAAGGGGCUGGUGGAGGACACGCUGCGGCAGCGGCGCCAGGUGGAGGAGGAGAUCCAGGCGCUGAAGAUGAGCUUUGAGAAGGCGGCUGCCGGCAAGGCGGAGCUGGAGCUGGAGCUGGGCCGCAUCCGCGCCAGCGCCGAGGACACGCUGCGCAGCAAGGAGCAGAUGGAGCUGGAGGCCACGAGGCAGCGGCAGCUCGCCGCGGAGGAGGAGCAGCGGCGCCGCGAGGCCGAGGAGCGCGUGCAGAAGAGCCUGGUGGCGGAGGAGGAGGCGGCGCGGCAGCGCAAGGCGGCGCUCGAGGAGGUGGAGCGGCUCAAGGCCAAGGUGGAGGAGGCCCGGCGCCUGCGCGAGCGCGCAGAGCAGGAGUCGGCAAGGCAGCUGCAGCUGGCGCAGGAGGCGGCGCAGAAGCGGCUGCAGGCGGAGGAGAAGGCUCACGCGUUCGCGGUGGAGCAGAAGGAGCAGGAGCUGCAGCAGACACUGCAGCAGGAGCAGAGCAUCAUGGAGCGCUUGCGUGGCGAGGCCGAUGCGGCCCGGCGCGCGGCAGAGGAGGCAGAGGAGGCGCGGGAGCGCGCAGAGCGGGAGGUGACACAGUCGCGUCGGCAGGUGGAGGAGGCGGAGCGGCUGAAGCAGGCGGCCGAGGAGCAGGCUCAGGCCCGGGCUCAGGCUCAGGCAGCCGCGGAGAAGCUGCGCAAGGAAGCAGAGCAGGAGGCGGCCAAGAGGGCGCAGGCGGAGCAGGCAGCCCUGCGGCAGAAGCAGGCGGCUGACGCCGAGAUGGAGAAACACAAGAAGUUCGCCGAGCAGACGCUGCGUCAGAAGGCGCAGGUGGAGCAGGAGCUGACGACGCUGCGCCUCCAGCUGGAGGAGACCGACCACCAGAAGGGCAUCCUGGAUGAGGAGCUGCAGCGGCUGAAGGCAGAGGUGACUGAGGCCGCCCGGCAGCGCAGCCAGGUAGAGGAGGAACUCUUCUCCCUGCGCGUGCAGAUGGAGGAGCUGAGCAAGCUCAAGGCGCGCAUUGAAGCCGAGAACCGCACGCUCAUCUUGCGGGACAAGGACAACACACAGCGCUUCCUGGAGGAGGAGGCCGAGAAGAUGAAGCAGGUGGCCGAGGAGGCAGCCCGGCUGAGCGUGGCGGCCCAGGAGGCAGCCCGGCUGCGGCAGCUGGCCGAGGAGGACCUGGCCCAGCAGCGGGCCCUGGCGGAGAAGAUGCUCAAGGAGAAGAUGCAGGCGGUGCAGGAGGCCACGCGGCUCAAGGCUGAAGCCGAGCUCUUGCAGCAGCAAAAGGAGCUGGCACAGGAGAAGGCCCGCCAGCUGCAAGAAGACAAAGAACAGAUGGCUCAGCAGCUGGAGCAGGAGACACAGGGCUUUCAGCGGACGCUGGAGGCUGAGAGGCAGCGGCAGCUGGAGAUGAGCACCGAGGCGGAGCGGCUCAAGCUGCGUGUGGCCGAGAUGAGCCGGGCGCAGGCCCGUGCUGAGGACGAUGCCCAGCGCUUCCGGAAGCAGGCGGAAGAGAUUGGCGAGAAGCUGCACCGCACCGAGCUGGCCACGCAGGAGAAGGUGACGCUCGUGCAGACCCUGGAGAUCCAGCGGCAACAGAGUGACCAGGAUGCUGAGCGCCUGCGGGCAGCCAUUGCUGAGCUGGAGUGUGAGAAGGAGCGCUUGAAGCAGGAGGCCCAGCUGCUGCAGCUCAAGUCCGAGGAGAUGCAGACCGUGCAGCAGGAGCAGCUGCUUCAGGAGACGCAGGCCCUGCAGCAGAGCUUUGUGUCCGAGCGAGACAGCUUGCUGCAGCGUGAGCGCUUCGUGGAGGAGGAGAAGGCCAAGCUGGAGCGGCUUUUCCAGGACGAGGUGGCCAAGGCCCAGCAGCUACGGGCGGAGCAGCAGCGGCAGCAGCAGCAGAUGGAGCAGGAGAAGCAGCAGCUGGUGGCCAGCAUGGAGGAGGCCCGGCGGCGGCAGCGUGAGGCCGAGGAGGGUGUGCGGCGCAAGCAGGAGGAGCUGCAGCUUCUGGAGCAGCAGCGGCAGCAGCAGGAGCAGCUGCUGGCUGAGGAGAACCGGAAGCUCCGAGAACGGCUGGAGAGGCUGGAGGAAGAGCGUCGUGUAGCCCGUGUGGAGGAGGUCAGCGCUCUGCAGGCCACACCCACCAAGUCCCUGCCCAACGGCCGGGAUGCGCCGGACGGCCCAGCCGUGGAGGAGGAGCCGCGGCACGCCUUCGAGGGCCUGCGGCAGAAGGUGCCCGCGCAGCAGCUGCAGGAGGCCGGCAUCCUGAGCCAGGAGGAGCUGCAGCGGCUGGUGCAGGGCCGUGUCACGGUGGCCGAGCUGGCCCAGCGCGAGGACGUGCGCCACUACCUGCAGGGCACGGGGAGCGUUGCUGGGCUGCUCCUAAAGCCCUCUGAUGAGAAGCUUAGCAUCUACGCCGCCCUGCAGAGGAGGCUGUUGAGUCCCGGCACGGCCCUGGUGCUGCUGGAGGCACAGGCCGCUUCGGGCUUUCUGCUGGACCCCGUAUGCAACCGGCGGCUGACCGUCAACGAGGCUGUGAAAGAGGGCCUGGUGGGCCCCGAGCUGCACCACAAGCUGCUGUCUGCCGAGCGCGCCGUCACCGGCUAUAAGGACCCCUACACGGGCGAGCAGAUCUCCCUGUUCCAGGCCAUGCAGAAGGACCUCAUCGUCAGGGACCACGGCCUGCGCCUGCUGGAGGCCCAGAUCGCCACGGGCGGCAUCAUCGACCCCGUGCACAGCCACCGCGUGCCCGUGGAGACGGGCAUGCGUCUCCUGCCGCUCACCGAUAAGGCCGCCCAGGCCGGCAAACUGGUCUACUCGGAUUCUGAGGUGCGCGACGUGUUUGAGAAGGCCACAGUGUCUGCACCGUUUGGCACGUUCCAGGGCAGGACAGUGAGCAUUUGGGAGAUCAUCAACUCUGAAUACUUCAGUGCUGAGCAGCGGCGUGACCUGCUACGCCAGUUCCGUUCAGGCAAGGUCACGGUGGAGAAGGUCAUCAAAAUCAUCAUCACGGUGGUGGAAGAGCACGAGCAGAAGGCCCAGCUCCGCUUCCAGGGCCUGCGUGCCCUGGUGCCCGCCGCUCAGCUGCUGGAGAGCGGGGUCAUCAGCCAGGACGUGUUCGGCCAGCUGCAGCGUGGCGUGUGCUCAGUGCAGGACGUGGCAGAGGUGGACGCUGUGCGGCAGGCCUUGCGGGGCACGAACAUCAUCGCGGGUGUGUGGCUGGAGGAGACGGCGCAGAGGCUGAGCAUCUACGAGGCACUGCGGAGAGACUUGCUCAAGGCCGAUGUGGCUGUGGCCCUGCUAGAGGCCCAGGCAGGCACUGGGCACAUUCUUGACCCAAACACCAGUGCCAGGCUGACGGUGGACGAGGCGGUGCGGGCUGGCCUGGUGGGUCCCGAGCUGCACGAGAAGCUCCUAUCCGCCGAGAAAGCCGUGACAGGCUACCGCGACCCGUACUCUGGCCACAGUGUGUCCCUGUUCCAGGCCCUGAAGAAGGGGCUCAUUCCCAGGGAGCAGGGCCUGCGCCUGCUGGAUGCCCAGCUGUCUACCGGUGGCAUCGUGGACCCCAGCAGGAGCCACCGCGUGCCCCUGGAUGUGGCUUACGCACGGGGCUACUUGGACGAGGAGACAAACAGGACCCUGUCGGUGGCCCGGGAUGACGCCAAGACCUUCCUGGACCCUGGCACGCUGGAGCCAGCCACCUACAGCCAGCUGCAGCAGAGGUGCCGGACGGACCAGCUCACUGGGCUCAGCCUGCUGCCGCUCUCAGAACAGGCCGUGCGUGCCCGACAGGAGGAGCUGUACUCCGAUGCUCAGGCCCGUGAAGUCCUGGAGAAGGCCACCGUCGAGGUCCCCGUGGGCGGCUUCAGGGGCCGCCCGGUCAGCGUGUGGGAACUCGUCAGCUCCGAGUACUUCACGGAGGAGCAGCGCACAGAGCUGCUGAGGCAGUACCGUACGGGCAAGGUCACCGUGGAGAAGGUCAUCAAGAUCGUCAUCACCAUUAUCGAGGAGACGGAGACCCGACGGCGGGAGAAGCUGUCCUUCAGUGGCCUGCGGGCCCCUGUCCCGGCCAGCGAGCUCCUGGAUGCCAGGAUCCUCAGCAGGACCCAGUUUGAGCAGCUCCAAGAUGGCAAGACUUCUGUCAAAGACCUCUCCGAGGUGCCUGCCGUGCGCACGCUGCUCCAGGGCAGCGGCUGCGUAGCUGGCGUCUAUCUGGAGGACUCCAAGGAGAAAGUGACUAUCUACGAGGCCAUGCGGCGGGGCCUGCUCAGGGCCAGCACGGCCACGCUGCUGCUUGAGGCACAGGCGGCCACCGGCUUCCUGGUGGACCCUGUGCGCAACCAGCGGCUGUAUGUCCACGAGGCAGUCAAGACAGGCGUGGUGGGGCCCGAGCUCCACGAGAAGCUGCUGUCAGCUGAGAAAGCCGUCACGGGCUACAAAGACCCCUACUCAGGCUCCACCAUCUCCCUGUUCCAGGCCAUGCAGAAAGGCUUGGUCGUCAGGGACCACGGCCUGCGCCUGCUGGAGGCCCAGAUCGCCACGGGCGGCGACGACACCAAGGGCUUCUUCGACCCCAACACGCACGAGAACCUCACCUACCUGCAGCUGCUGGGGCGCUGCGUGGAGGACCCCGAGACGGGGCUCUACCUCCUGCCCCUGAAGGCUGCCGAGGGGCCCGAGGUGGUGGAGACCACACAGGUGUACACAGAGGAGGAGACACGCCGGGCCUUCGAGGAGACGCAGAUCGAGCUUCCAGGUGGCAGCCCAGGCGCUGGCUCCAUGUCCCUGUGGGAGGUGAUGCAGUCGGACCUGAUCCCGGCGGAGCAGCGCACCCGCCUGAUGGAGGACUUCCGGGCUGGCCGCGUGACCAAGGAGCGUAUGAUCAUCAUCGUCAUCGAGAUCAUCGAGAAGACGGAGAUCAUCCGUCAGCAGAACCUGGCCUCCUACGAUUACGUGCGCCGGCGCCUCACGGCGGAGGACCUGUACGAGGCCCGCAUCAUCACCACGGAGACCUACACGCUGCUCCGCGAGGGCACCAAGACCCUGCGUGAGGUGCUGGAGGCCGAGGCCGCCCGGCGCUACCUCUACGGAACGGGCUGCGUGGCCGGCAUCUUCCUCCCGGGCUCCCGGCAGACCCUGACCAUCUACCAGGCCCUCAAGAAGGGGCUGGUGAAUGCCGAGGUGGCCCGGCUGCUGCUGGAGGCUCAGGCAGCCACGGGCUUCAUGCUGGACCCUCUCCAGAGCGAGCGGCUGACGGUGGACGAGGCCGUGCGGAAAGGCCUGGUGGGGCCUGAGCUGCAUGACCGGCUGCUGUCGGCAGAGCGCGCGGUGACCGGCUACCGGGACCCUUACACCGAGCAGACCAUCUCGCUGUUCCAGGCCAUGAAGAAGGAGCUGAUCCCAGCCGAGGAGGCGCUGCGCCUGCUGGAUGCCCAGCUGGCCACGGGGGGCAUCAUUGACCCACGCCUGGGUUUUCACCUGCCAUUGGAGGUGGCCUACCAGCGUGGCUACCUCAAUAAGGACACGCAUGACCAGCUCUCGGAGCCCAGCGAGGUGCGCAGCUACCUGGACCCCUCCACGGACGAGCGGCUCAGCUACACGCAGCUGCUCAAGCGGUGUCGCCGGGACGACAGGACCGGCCAGCUGCUUCUGCCUCUCUCAGACACCCGCAAACUGACCUUCCGUGGGCUGCGCAAGCAGAUCACAGUGGAAGAGCUGGUGCGCUCACAGGUGCUGGACGAGGCCACAGCGCUGCAGCUACAGGAGGGCCUCACGUCCGUUGAGGAGGUCACCAAGAACCUGCAGAAGUUCCUGGAGGGCACCAGCUGCAUCGCCGGUGUCUUUGUGGAUGCCACCAAGGAGAGGCUGUCAGUGUACCAGGCCAUGAAGAAAGGCAUCAUCCGGCCCGGCACGGCCUUUGAGUUGCUGGAGGCCCAGGCAGCCACCGGCUAUGUUAUCGAUCCCAUCAAGGGGCUGAAGCUGACCGUGGAGGAGGCUGUGCGAAUGGGCAUUGUGGGCCCCGAGUUCAAGGACAAGCUGCUGUCUGCUGAGCGCGCCGUCACUGGCUACAGGGACCCGUACUCCGGGAAGCUCAUCUCCCUGUUCCAGGCCAUGAAGAAGGGGCUGAUCCUCAGGGACCACGGCAUCCGCCUGCUGGAGGCCCAGAUCGCCACGGGUGGCAUCAUCGACCCCGAGGAGAGCCACCGACUGCCGGUCCAGAUGGCGUACCAGCGUGGCCUCUUUGACGAGGAGAUGAACGAGAUCCUGACCGACCCCUCGGACGACACCAAGGGCUUCUUUGAUCCCAACACGGAGGAGAACCUCACCUACCUGCAGCUGAUGGAGCGAUGCAUCACGGACCCACAGACCGGGCUGUGCUUGCUGCCACUGAAGGAGAAGAAGCGGGAACGCAAGACGUCCUCCAAGUCGUCGGUGCGCAAGCGCCGUGUGGUGAUCGUGGACCCCGAGACGGGGAAGGAGAUGUCCGUGUACGAGGCCUACCGCAGGGGCCUCAUCGACCACCAGACCUACCUGGAGCUGUCGGAGCAGGAGUGUGAGUGGGAGGAGAUCACCACCUCCUCCUCCGACGGCGUGGUCAAGUCCAUGAUCAUCGACCGGCGCUCCGGCCGCCAGUACGACAUUGACGAGGCCAUCUCCAAGAGCUUCAUCGACCGCUCGGCGCUGGACCAGUACCGUGCGGGCACACUGUCCAUCACUGAGUUUGCCGACAUGCUCUCGGGCAACGCCGGCGGCUUCCGCUCCCGCUCCUCCUCCGUGGGCUCCUCCUCCUCCUUCCCCCUCAGCCCCGCCGUGUCCCGCACCCAGCUGGCCUCCUGGUCCGACCCCGCUGAGGAGACAGGCCCUGUGGCCGGUAUCCUCGACACCGAGACUCUGGAGAAGGUGUCUAUCACCGAGGCCAUGCACCGCAACCUUGUGGACAACAUCACGGGGCAGCGGCUGCUGGAGGCGCAGGCCUGCACGGGCGGCAUCAUUGACCCUGGCACUGGCGAGCGCUUCCCUGUCACGGAGGCCGUCAACAAGGGCCUGGUGGACAAGAUCAUGGUGGAUCGCAUCAGCCUGGCCCACAAGGCCUUCUGCGGCUUCGAGGACCCCCGCACCAAGACCAAGAUGUCUGCUGCCCAGGCGCUUAAGAAGGGCUGGCUCUACUACGAGGCCGGCCAGCGGUUCCUGGAGGUUCAGUACCUGACCGGUGGGCUGAUUGAGCCAGGCGUGCCAGGCCGCGUGCCGCUGGAGGAGGCCCUGCAGAAGGGCACGCUGGACGCCCGCACUGCCCAGAAGCUGCGUGAUGUCAGCGCCUACUCCAAGUACCUCACCUGCCCGAAGACCAAGCUCAAGAUCUCCUACAAGGAUGCAAUGGACCGCAGCAUGGUGGAGGAGGGCACAGGGCUGCGGCUGCUGGAAGCCGCUGCCCAGUCCAGCAAGGGCUACUACAGCCCCUACAGCGUCAGCGGCUCUGGCUCCACUGCCGGCUCCCGCACCGGCUCCCGCACCGGCUCCAGGGCCGGUUCUCGGCGUGGCAGCUUUGAUGCCACUGGCUCCGGUUUCUCCAUGACCUUCUCGUCCUCCUCCUACUCCUCCUCAGGCUACGGCCGCCGCUACGCUUCAGGGCCCUCUGCCUCGCUGGGGGGCCCCGAGCCUGCGGUGGCCUGACCCCCUGCCUGCCCCGCCCCCGCUCUGCAUGUGGCUGCGCCCCCCCACAGGUGUGGCCCCCUCCAUGUCUAAAGGAGUUUUCCUCUUACGCGGUGCCUAAAGUCUAACCAAAAAGACCAGACUAACAUAGUAAUAUAUAUUCCUGCUGUCCAGACGGCCUGUGCUGGGGCGGGUCAGUCGGCCCCUGACCACCGCCCCCUCGGGUCUCCCCACUGCCCCUACCUGCCACUCACCACAGCCAGGUGCCUUGGAGGGCCCAGACCCAGGGCCCCUGCCCCUUCCUUGUCUUAAGGG